AGUACAACCUCGUUCCAAUCUUGUUCGCUCACUUCCCCUCCCUUGCCCUGUACCUUAACCGUCUAUCUCGUUGAAUGAAUUCGCGUCUCUGGGACGUUGGCGAGCACUUCAGGGAGCACUAAGACAGGACAUGCGAGCGUCAGUGUAGCCUCCAACGUGUACAAAUAGGGUAUUGCGCCGUGUUGCCUGUUAGGUAUAGUCCAUUUAUAUGCCCCGGCACAUCAUCUCGUGUUUUUCUGGGUCGAGCAACCGAAGAGCCCGAAGAGCGUCAGUGGUUUUCGUCUUGUCGAUAUGAUGGGAGACCGUCGGCAUGGAAGAGCCGAUUGUCGCACGACCCACGCUGUCGACCAAUCUUCCGUCGCAGAGGCGUCGCCACUGGAUGUCGUUAUUCCAGAUUCCCGCACCGGCUCAAUAUGCGAGUCGUCGACUCGGCGGAAGUGCGACGAUGCAGCAGCACGCAGCGCCUUCUGCCGGCACGAAGACGCAAGUCUCCUUACCCGCGAAACUUCAGCCACGUCAGCGUCUAUCCUGGAGCCCAUCAUGCUGUCGUCCACAGUACCACGAACACCGUCGAAUUCAGAGGCUUCCUCGUGUUUAGUUAAAAGCGAGACGGAUAGAACUCCCCACUCCAAGGCUGUGGACUCACAAACUGACACGGCGAACGAAUGGUUCAAAUCGCACCUGCAUCCACGGCGGUGUAUCUGGGUGACGGCCGCCGUCGGAUUGCUCAUGCUGGUCGGAGGACUAGUCGCCGUUUUGGGUCCGUUACUCUUUUCUAAAGUCAUCAUUCCCAUGCUGGAAUGGGAGCAAAAGAAUCUUAGUCCUCCAGUCCUAGGUGUAGUAGCCGUUGCCAGUAUGGGUCUCUUCCCAGUGGUUUUUAUCCCCACGGGUCCCUCCAUGUGGCUCAUCGGGAUUGUCUUCGGCUACGCGUGGGGUUUCAUCCUCAUUAUGGUUGGCUCCUUGAUCGGUCAAUCGCUGCCGUAUUUCAUUGGUCACUGGCUGUUCCACGCGCGUGUGCAAGCGUGGUUGGCCGACCACCCACGGAACGCUGCUGUGCUGCGAUUGGCCGAGGCUGGCGGCUGGUGGCACCAGUACCGGGUCACCUUGCUGCUCCGCUUCUCCCCGUUUCCGUUCCUCCUCUUCAACUAUGCAGUAACGGCCACUCGCAUCCGCUAUGCGCCCUACAUUUCUGCAUCAAUGACCGCCAUGAUUCCCGAAGCCUUUUUCACCAUCUACUGUGGUCGCCUGAUCAGUGAUCUGGCGGAGGCCCACAAGCGGCACAUCACAGUGGUGGAGCUGAUUUACGAGCUGAUAGGGCUGGCGGCAGCAGGCGUGGUGCUGCUGCUGCUCAUGGUGCACGGCAAGAGGGCGCUGCAGCAGCUCGAGGAGGAGGAGAGGGCCAAGCACAAGGGGAUGGAAAUGGAACAGGUGGCUAGCGCAGGUGCUGAUGGGUCGGGUGCGGUGGAGACGGGUGUUGCUGGUCCGUUUUUUAGGGUGGAAAUGGCUGCUGCUGAGGUGGCACUCAUUGCUGAUGACUCUCAGAAUGUGCUUGGAAGGGAGGGGGAAACUCAACGAGGGAGUCAGGGUCAUUGUAAAGGCAUGCAGGGUGACUGCCCUCUUGCCACUAAGAGCAUGCGAGGGGAUACUCCAGGGAAGGGCAAUUCUUCUGUAGUGAUACAUGAAACUGAGGCCCAUGAAGAUACAGGAGAGGAGGGGGAUGGACUUCUUGGCGCACAGUCGUUUUACAGAAAAGGGUUCUUCCGCCUGGGCAGGUUAAGUGUGGGAGAGCCAAAAGAGGCGGAGAUGACAAGCCAUGACGCUGAAGUGGGAUUCCAAAUGGCCCGCUGAAGUCUAGGGGAAUUUAGGGAGCGGUGGAUGAGAUUCAAAGCCGUAUGUUGUCCGUUGUAACUUGCUUGCCAGUUCCUGGGUUUCAAUUAUGUCUGGUUUAUAUUUUAAAUCAUUGAAGUCAUGGUAUC